AUGUAGGGGGUCUUAUUGGACUACAUAGAAGCAGACAGAUGGCAAAAGCAAAGUCUAAGUCAGACAUUUCAACAGGAGAGGAGAGUUGUAAAAGUGAUGAUCCUUCAGAAAAUAAACGUAGAAGAGUAGCAGUACCGUUGAAUGUUGAGAAGUGUCAAGAGCAGCUUCAGUCUUAUUUCGACACCUUCAGUAAGGAUCGCAAAGGGAAUGUCAAACCUGAAGAAGAAUGGCCAACAGAUGAAUACUGGAGAAAAAGUUGGAGCUUCGUCCAUGGAUCAGAGCAAGAACCAGAUCCUGGGUCAGUUACCAACUCAGGUGACGAGGAGGAACCUCGGUCCUGCCUGGAAACAUAACUGACCAGGACUGGCUCAGUAGACCGCCUGUAACUAGUGAAACUUACCAUUGGUCAGAACUGGCUGGCCAGACCAGUCCAUCCAUUGAGAGAAUUCUUUCAGAUCUGUUCAGUUAGAGAAGUCAAUACCUAAAUUGUAUUGACUGUAUUGAAAUUUGAAAACAAGUUUGGGAAACCUGACUAGACAAGGCACAUUUGAAGAUGAUUGGUUGGUCUGGUAGGUUUCUGACUAAUCGUGAGAGACUUCAUUGUUGUGAUCAAAUAAACAAACAAUCAACAGUUGGAUAAAAAAUGAGGAAAUAAAUAUUUUAGAAUCACUUAGCUUAGGUAAAUUGGUACCCUCACCAAAAUGGGGACUCCCUUCCACAACAUCGGUGAGAACAUGUAGGAUGUUUCUCUGGAGUCAGAGUGUCUUGUCCUUGAAAUUGAUCGUUGAUUUGGAUAUAUUUUGAUUUUAGGCUAUUUUACGAUGUUCCCUUAUGUUGGUUGUAGUUUUGAUUUACAGCUUUGAGUUUCAAAACUUAAUUUUCAUGUUACUGAGUUAGAGACUCUGAGGUAUUUUUGUCAUUUUUCUUUUUUAAUUUAC